CGUUACAAAAAAAACCUUAAGUCAAAAACGCGUGUGAUGAAAACAUAUGUAGUUCUUUUAGGUUAUUUUUGGUAAAUUACAAGUUUUAUUGUUAGAAAUGUCGUUUCGCGGUAGAGGAGGCGGCGGCGGGCGAGGCGGUUUUGGUGGGCGCGGAGGAGGACGCGGUGGGAGAGGUCGAGGUGGCGGCGGCGGAGGCGGCUUCAGACAACAGGACUUCGGGCCGCCGGAGACAGUCAUUCCUCUGGGUCACUACGGCUGGACGGUUCAAGACGAUUUAGUUUGUAAAGUGGACAUAGAGGACGUCCCGUAUUUCAAUGCCCCCAUUUACCUAGAAAAUAAGGAACAAAUAGGAAAAAUAGACGAAAUAUUUGGAAACUUGCGCGAUUAUUACGUGUCCGUGAAACUCGGGGAGAAUAUAAAAGCUAAGAGUUUUAAAGACGGGCAGCAGUUUUAUAUCGAUCCUGCGAAGUUAUUACCGCUUAAGAGGUUCCUGCCGCAGCCUCCGGGCGCUAAGAGAGGCGUGGGACGAGGAGGUCCGCGCGGUGGCCGCGGAGGAGGCUUCAAUAGGGGAGGCGGAGGUCGAGGCGGUGGUUUCAACCGCGGCGGUGGCGGCGGUCGGGGAGGCGGCGGGUUCGGCCGUGGAGGAGGUGGAGGUGGUUUUGGUCGUGGCGGCGGAGGUGGCGGAGGAUUCGGUCGCGGAGGCGGUGGUGGGCGUGGGGGAGGUGGCUUCAGAGGUGGGCGCGGCAGAUACUGAGUGAUAGUGAUAAGUGUUAAGUAUAUUAAAGACUUGCAAUGUUAAAAUAUUAAAUCCAAUUUGUGUCAGGACAAUUUUGAUGUAUUCUCAAAUACAAGUGUAUAACAUAAAUAAAAUUUCUGAAACAAUUUUAUUCACCAUUCAAGGUGUAUUU